AUGGUAGGCUCUAGCAUUCCACAUAGAAUAAGCGAGCUCAAGGCAAUAUUUAGCGAUAUCAAGGAGAAUAUUGACGAAAAGACGCCAAGACGGCCAAGAAAGGAUUCUGUUCUGCUUGAAAUAUGUGUACCUGGAUGCUGUGGGCACAACGGAUGCAUAGAAUCCACGAAUAACAGGGAACAGGAGAUCAAUGCAAACACUAAAGAAGGAAAUCGCAAGGCAUGCAUCUGCACUCACAAUGCGCUUGAAGAUGAUUUGCCAAAUCCAGAACACCAUUUGGAAACACAUGAAAAUAUGGUCAGGGAGAUACAAUUUCUCAAAGACGAGGUUUACAAACUGGAAGCAAUAAACAAUGAACUGAGAGCAAGGGAAUGCGAGAUGGGCCGCACUGUUGAUGAAUAUAGCAAUAGAAUCAAGAGAGUAGAAAUGCUUGAGAAUGAAUGCCUGGAGCAAGCAAGGAUGAUAUCAAGGUUAAGAAACGAACUAGUCGAUUUAAAGGGAUCCAUAAGAGUGCUUUGUAGGAUCAAGCCAAGUACUGGGAGCAAUGCAAGCUCAAGAAUUGAGAUGUCUGACAGGUGUCUUGAAAUAUGUGGGCAUGGCAAGAGACAUAAGUUUGAAUUUGACAGGAUUUUUGGACCGAAUGCAACACAGAGAAAUGUAUAUGAUGAAGUUGCGAUGAUGGUUCAGUCUUUACUUGACGGAUACAAGAUAUGUGUGUUUGCAUAUGGACAGACAGGAAGUGGAAAGACGUAUACGAUGGAAGGAAACGGAGAGGAGCCUGGAUUGAUACAUAGAGCAAUGGUGGAGAUUGACUGUGCGGUUGGUAUGAUGCAGAAAGAAGGGUGGCAAUGCUUGAAUACAUGUAGCUAUGUUGAAAUAUACAAUGAGGAGAUAAUUGAUUUGUUUUCAAGUGAGGCAAGGAAGGUAUCGAUAGUUCAUGGCGAUGGAGAUACAAACCUGAUGAACUGCACAGUUAUGAAUGCUGGUGAGAUAUCAAGUGCCUUGAAAGCAUUAGAGGAUGCAGGCAAGAGAAGGAAAGUGGGCAGUACGGAAUGUAACACUCGAUCGAGUAGAAGCCAUUCUGUCUAUAUCCUGAAUGUAAAGAUGGAGAAUGCAGCUCUAAAUGAAAAAAGGGAAGGAUCGAUGAUAUUUAUUGAUCUUGCAGGCUCUGAGAGAUUGAAUUCAUCGAAAGCCGAAGGCGUUAGGCUGAAAGAAACACAAAGCAUUAACAAAAGCCUGUCUGCGCUGGGAGAUGUUUUCAGCUCGAUUCUAAGAAAAGACAGUCACAUCCCGUUUAGGAAUUCUAAGCUUACAUAUCUGCUGCAGAACUUCUUGUCAGGAAGCUCCAGAGCUGCGAUGUUUGUCACUGUUUCACCAGAAAUGGAGCAUUUCAACGAGACAGUGUGCUCUCUUAGAUUUGCAGAUAAAAUUGCACAAUGCAAGCUUGGAAUAGCAGAGCGAAAGACAAUGAGGAUUAUUACGAAUGAAGAUCAAAAGUGA